AUGGGUGAAAAAACAUUUAAAGAUUUUUAUCUGGAAGAAAGACUUUUAAAAGCUAUUGCCAGCUGUGGAUGGAAAAAACCAACACAAAUUCAGGAAUCAGUUAUACCUUUAGUUUUAGAAGAAAAAAAUAUAAUUGCACGUGCUCAUACUGGAACAGGAAAAACUGGAGCUUUUCUUCUACCAUUAAUACAAAAAAUUGUUCAAGCAACAUCGGCAAAAGCUGAUGAAAGUUCUGGUGUUUGUGCCGUCAUCAUUGUUCCAACAAAAGAACUUUCUGCUCAAAUUUUUAAUUUACUUUGUAAACUAAUAUCAACUUUUCCAUUUAUUCAAGCAGGAAAUUUAGCUGAGUUAAAUGAUGAAAAACAAAAAAUAUUUCUUGAAAAUGAGUAUGAUAUCAUUGUGUCAACACCUUCACGAUUAACUUCAGCGCUUGUUUUAAAACCAAAUCUUUUACAAAAUGUUUGUUAUGUUGUUCUUGAUGAAGCUGAUCUUUUGUUUACCUUUGGAUAUAAGGAAGAUUUAAAGUUAAUCAAAAAGAAAUUGCCAAAAAAAUAUCAAACAAUUAUGACUUCUGCCACAAUUACAGAUGAUUUAACUGAGAUUAAACAACUGUUACUUACUGGACCUGUUAUAUCAAUUAAAUUGAAAGAAGAUAUACUUCCUUCUUCAGAACAACUUACACAAUAUCAAAUAAAUUGUGCCACAGAGGAGGAGAAAUUUACAGUAGUAAUUUCUAUGCUUAAAUUAAAACUUAUGCAGGGAAAGACUAUAUUUUUUGUAUCAAAUGUUGAUCGUUGUUAUAAGUUACAAAUAUUUUUACAAUGUUUUAAAAUUUCAUCAUGUGUUCUUAAUCCUGAGAUGCCUGCUAAUAGUAGAUUUAACACUAUUCAAAAAUUUAAUGAAGGUCAAUUUAAUUAUAUUAUUGCUACAGAUUGUAAAGAUUUAUCUGAACCAGAAAUUGAUGAAGAUAAACCAAAAAAACCUAAAAAGGCAAAAAAAGAAAAAGGAAUAUCUGGAGCAAAAUAUGAUAAUGAAAGUGGAGUUUCAAGAGGAAUUGAUUUUCAUCAUGUUUCUAAUGUUGUAAAUUUUGACUUUCCACAUAAUCUUGAUGUUUAUAUACAUCGUGUUGGUAGAACAGCACGAGGAUUUAAUAAAGGAACAGCUAUUACUUUUGUUUUACCAGAAGAGAAAACAAUGUUUGAUGGAAUUUUAAAUGAAAUUUCUGAAUGUAUGGGUGAAAAUGUUAUAGUUCCUUAUGAAAUAAGAAUGAAAGAUUUGGAAACAUUUCUACUUCGAACUAGGGAAGCACUAAGUGGUUGUACAAGAGGUGUUAUAAGAGAGACACGCCUUGCAGAAAUUAAAAAAGAAAUUUUGAAUUCAAAAAAAUUAGAAAAUUAUUUUUCACAAAAUAGUAAGGAUCUUGCAAUUAUUGAACAAAACAAAUCUUUAAGAAAAGUAAAAGUUCAGACAGAAACUUUACAUGCUAUUACUGAUUAUAUGGUUCCACCUGCAUUGAGAGGGUUAAAUUUGGAAUCAAGUACUUUUGAGCAUUCUAACACCAAACAUAAGAAUGACAUAUCAGGUAUAAAAUCAUCAUUUAGAAAUAAAGGAAAAAAAAGAAAAUUUAGUAAAGUUGGAAAGAAAAAAGUUGAUCCUCUUGCCUUUUAA